AUGGACAAAUAUCUCCUUGGUCAACUCCCUGUACACCAUUUUCUAUCGGACAAGAAAUACAGAAGGGAGAGUGCUUCGGUGGUGGAUGAGUAUUUUGAAGCGGAAAAGGUUCCUCAAGCUCCAUACAGUGUGAAUAUAAACUUAAUACUACCAGAUACUUCUCACCUCCGUACCGGUCUGUUCAGACCUACAAAGACUUUCACUUUGCUCCCACAGAUCAAAACUGAACCAGGGACCGAUUUCCCCCAACCUUGCCCCAUUUCCUUGACCCAGACCCUGCCAGAUUUCACCAGUGUCUUUAGCAUGCCACAUGCGGUUCCAGCGAACAAUAUAUUUAUUAAGCAGGAGGCACAACCAGAAGUGCCGCUCACAACUAGCGACACACCCCAAACUCAUCUGUACCAUUUGUCCGUGGCUAAUGAUGCACUCAAUUUGGUCCAAGCCAAUGUAAGUACACCAGUGGUAAAUGCAAUUAGCUGCACUACCGCGACCACCACCAGUGGAAACCUUCCGACUUUGACCAAUUCUACACGGCAACAACUUGGAAAGCAGUUUCAUUGCUUGGGUCCAGAUGGUAGCCUGGUUCCUGGGCAGUUUUUUCAGGCUCCCUCUGUCACCUUGCCACCUUCACCUCCCAAUUCCCAGCCUGGGAGCCCAGAAAACACACCAGACUUAGUCAAUAAUAUAUCUCCCCCGCCGCCUUAUGAGGCUACGUUUGGACUGAAACUGGUGCAAGUACCACAACUCCAAACUGUGUCCAAUCCUCUGGGCUCUGUGCUACCACAAGGACAAAUUAUUAUGACAGUACCAAGAUUCAAUCGGAGAAACAAUCCUGAACUGGAAAAGAGGAGAAUACAUCACUGUGAUUACCCAGGUUGUACAAAAGUCUACACCAAGAGUUCACACCUCAAGGCACAUCAAAGAACACACACAGGUGAGAAGCCCUAUAAAUGUGCCUGGGAGGGAUGUGACUGGCGGUUUGCCCGUUCUGACGAGCUCACAAGACACUACCGUAAACACACAGGCGCCAAGCCUUUCAGAUGCGCAGCUUGCGGCCGCUGCUUUUCCCGCUCGGACCACCUUGCCUUACACAUGAAAAGGCAUCAGAACUGA